UCAAAAAAGGAACCUUAUUCUGGAAUUCACUUGUCCUCAGCCCCAGCUAUAUACACAGCAACGAUCCCUCAGCGAGGCUCAGAUCACAGGAGGAGAGGGAAGCAGAAGGACGUGUAUGGGAGACAAGCGGUACAAGAUGUUACCUCUGAUUCUCCUCAGCCAAAUGGCACUGUCCAUCGCCGCCCCCGCCAAUCAGUGUGAUGUUAGUAAAAUAGCCAUUGCUGGGGGUAAAUAUAAUCUGACCGAUGGUGCUAAUGUUGGCAGUAAGGUGGUGUACACCUGCCCUGAAGGACAGUACCCGCACCCGUUACCCUCACGAGAGUGCCUCAAUGACGGUCAAUGGUCGAAUGCGAAAGAGAAGUCCCAGUGUAGACGCGUGCAGUGCCCCAGACUAGACAGGAUUGAUAAUGGAGAGGUCUAUCCCAGGAAAGCAAAACAUUUUGUCGGAGACGUGGUGAACUUUGAGUGCUGGGGAGGAUUUGAAAUGUUUGGACCUGAAAACCGCACUUGUCAGGCAAAUGGCAAAUGGAGUGGAAUUGAUGUGAAAUGUGACGAUAAAGAGGGCGACUGUUCAAACCCAGGGUUUCCUCCUGGGGCCACAAAAACAGGUACUUCCUACAAGAUUGAAAAUAAAGUGAAGUACGAAUGUGACAAGGGGCUGCAGAUGUUCGGCUCGAAGGAGAGAGUAUGUAUGGAGAACAAGCGCUGGUCCGGAGCUGAACCGUCCUGCAGAUAUUGGUAUACGUUUGAUUCUCCAAAGGAAGUGGCGGAGAAUUUUGCUUCUUCUCUUUAUGAAACGGCUGAAUCUUCGAACCUGAAUAAAACAGACGAGUGGAUUCAACGUACAAUAGGAGUGACGACGGGAGGUUUCAUGAACAUCUUCAUUAUUCUCGAUGCCUCUAGCAGUUUAGGAGAAGACAACUUUAAUAUCGCUAAAGAAGCAAGUGAAGUGUUCAUAGAGAAGAUGAGCAGCUUUGAUUUUUCCCCUCGCUAUUCCAUCAUCUCGUACGCCACAGAGGCAAAACCCAUCAUUGAGCUCUCUGACGAUGACAGUACAGAGGCUUACAAGGUCAUCGACAAGUUGAAAGAAUUUGAGUAUUCAGCACAUGGAGAUAAACAGGGAACGAAUACUCGGGGGGCUCUGGCUAAAGUUUACGCAAUGCUGUCUCUGCAAAAUGUGAGAGAUCCACAAAAUUUCCUGAAAACUAAAAAUGUUAUCCUUCUGAUCACAGAUGGAAAACACAAUAUGGGUGGAGACCCUACAGUGGAGGUGAAGAGGAUCAGAGAAAUUCUGGACAUCAAGAAGGACAGUGAACGAGAAGAUUAUCUGGAUAUCUAUGUCUUUGGUCUGGGUGAAGAGAUAAGCCAUAAUGAAAUCAAUGAUAUUGCAUCCAAGAAAAGUAGCCAGCAUGUCUUCAGUAUGGAAACAGUAGACGAUAUGAAGAAAUCCUUUGAUGAAAUGAUAGACAGUGCAGGAACUCUUCAUAUGUGUGGACUUGCCAAAGAACCAUCUGAAAAUGAAAAAGUGGACGUGAAGUAUCCCUGGAUUGCUAAAAUUAUUAUCACUCGCGCUGGUGUUCAAGAAAAAUGUAAAGGCUCUAUCAUAAGCAAAGAUUUUAUCUUGACCGCUGCUCACUGCUUUAAUCUAGAUGAAGAACUCCAUACUAUUAGUGUAGAAGUCGGAGGUAGGGAAUACAAAGCGAAGAACCUCCACCGUCAUAAUAAGUACAACCCAGCUGGCAAACAGGACAAGAAAGUGGAUAAAUCCUUUGAUUAUGAUUUGGCUCUCAUUGAACUAAAAACGAAGAUUGAAUUUUCCUCAAAUAGCAGACCCAUUUGCCUUCCAUGCACAUCGGGGACAUCCUGGGCUUUGAGGAAACUAGGGAAAUCUGUAACAUGCAGUGAUCACGAAAAGGAAAUCCUCUCGUCUGAAGCGGUGAAGGCCAUGUUUGUUGCAGAGGAAGUUGAUAAAAAAUUGGAGAGGAUGAAUGUGUUGAUAAAGCGAGGGAGUAAGAGACAAGCCUGUCUAGAUGAUACCAAAAAAAUAGAUAAAUUCAAGGAUAUUCCAGACAUUAGAGACGCUGUGACUGACAAUUUCUUAUGUACUGGGGGAAUAGAACCUCAGGUGGAUCCACAAACCUGCAAAGGUGACUCUGGAGGUCCUGUUAUUGUGCAAUACAAGCAACGCUACAUUCAGGUGGGUGUUAUUAGCUGGGGGACGAUCAACAGCUGUAAGGGACCCAAAAGAAAUAAAGGUCCGGUGCCGGCUCUGUCUCGGGACUUCCAUACUGACCUGUUCCACAUGUUGGAUUGGAUAAAGGAAAAGGCGUAUGAGUUGGACUUCUUGGAAUAAAGCUUCCAGGCGAUGGCGCCGUGCUUCAGAGAGCUUUUGGAAAUGUUACGAGCAAUCAUCUGCACAAAUACAAUAAAUGUACUACUGAAAUUAUAUGAAAUUACCUCUGACCCUAUUGACCCUCUGACUUCCUAAUGAUAUGUAAGAUUUAUGCUCGUGUAUAAUAAGUAGUGCAGUCAGUAGGUGGCGAUGUUGCCUGCUUCUGAUACAAGAGCUAUAAUCUGAUUGGCUCCUGUCGGUAACACCCCCGCUUAUUCUCUAAACUAAUGUUUAUCAGAGAGGCCCUAUAUUACCUAUUUUUUUUAUUAAUAUAAUGUUUUUUCCCAGUUUUUUACUUGAGAGAGGAUCAUUUCUGACAAAAAAAUAAAUAAAUAAAACUUCA